AUGGGUGCAAUUUUAGCAAGCUUGGUAUAUGUGCUGGCGGCAACACUGGGUUACGUUGCUGUUCUCCAUCUUUUUCAUCCUCCAGAAGGUAAUAGGGAUGACCACAUAGUUGUAAGGUCACGUAUUCAUAGGGCACUAAUUUCUACCUUAGCAAAUGUGAUAUUGGCUGCUUUUAUCAUGACAUAUGCAAUUGGAUCGAGCGAGAGCAUCGGCCAGGCUUUCAAUUAUUUUGGUCUUGGAAUUAAUUGGCUUACUAUAGUAGAUGUGGCGAGAACUAUAAUCUUAUUUGCAGGCUUAUUUAUCGGACCAAUUAUGAAAAAAAUAGUUGAAGAUUAUCAGGAGAUGAAUAGGUUAAAAGAACUUCACAGGUAUAGCAGGGAUGAAACACGCGAGAUUAAAAAUCUUAAUCACCUAAACGAUGACACAAGUGGUAAAACUAACGUAAAUACAGUGCAGGGAAAAGCAACUGAAACAGAACUUCAGAUGCGAGAUUAUUUGGUUGCUCCAGGUACAGAAGAGAUCACCUACACUGGUAUCGCCGCAGGUAUAUUUCAGCCCUUUUUUGAAAAUCAUUCUGGAAUGAAGGAGAAUGUUAUUAUUUGGACACCAUUUCUUUUUGGCACGGCACACUUGCAUCACGCAUUCGAACUUUGCAAAGAAGGCUAUCCCAAGUCUGCUAUAAUUUUUACAGUUACGUUUCAACUGUUAUACACAACGCUUUUUGGCGUCUUAACAAAUCUUGUGUUUUUCAACAGUGAAUCGAUAUGGUGCUGUAUUGCAGCACAUUCAUUCUGCAACUUUAUGGGGGUUCCUUCCUUAAAUCCCAGAACAGAAAAUAUGGCUUAUAAAUUUAUGUACUGGCUUUUACUAGCCUUUGGUGUUUGGUUCUUUCGGACAAGGUUCAAUAGUCUUACCAUGCCCAUUUCAUCUCAAUGA